UGCUCGCUGUGCGUGCGCUUUGUGCAGCUCAGACGCCGCGGAGGAAGAGCAGGUGCGGCGGGACGCGGGAAUGGAGCGAGGCGGAGGCGGGAGGACGCCGCUGCCGCUGCCGCGAGGGCAAUGCCGGUGGCGGUGGCCCAGGAGGCCCGGCGGGGAGCGAGCCGCCCUCCAGGAGCCCGGAGAGAGCCCCGACGACGCAGCCUCCGCCAGGCUCCUCGCCUCGUGCCCCGCUGCCGCCGCCGCCACCGCCGCCUCGCCUCCCGCCGCUUCUCCCUCUGCCGCGUCUCCCUCUCCUCCUUCGCUGGCCCUCUUCCUCCUGGCUGCCGCCGCCGUCGCCGCCUCGCUGCUCCCCACAGGUGAUGGACAGAACUUGGUUACAGAAGACGUGACCGUCGUAGAAGGAGAAGUUGCCACCAUCAGUUGCAGAGUGAAAAACAGCGACGACUCCGUGAUUCAGCUCUUGAAUCCCAACAGACAGACGAUUUAUUUCAGAGACUUCAGGCCUUUGAAGGACAGCAGAUUUCAGUUAGUGAAUUUCUCUAGCAGCGAGCUCAGAGUGUCACUGACAAAUGUCUCCAUCUCGGAUGAAGGAAGAUACUUCUGCCAACUCUACACGGAUCCCCCCCAGGAGUAUUACAUGACCAUUACAGUGCUAGUUCCACCACGCAACUUGAGGAUCGAAUCCCAGAAAGAGACGGCAAUGGAAGGAGAAGAGAUAGAGCUGAAUUGCACAGCCAUGGCCAGCAGACCAGCCACGACGAUCAGAUGGUUCAAAGGGAGCAAGGAGCUAUCUGCAGGCAAAACAGAAGUUGAGCAGUGGUCAGACAUGUACACAGUGACCAGCCAGCUUUCGCUGAAGGUCAAGCGAGAAGAUGAUGGGGUUCCGGUCAUCUGUCAGGUAGACCACCCUGCCGUCAAAGACUUGCAGACCAAGUACUACCUAGAUGUAAUGUAUAAGCCUGAAGUGCAAGUGUUACAGAAUUCCCCAGCGCAGCCACUCACGAGAGAAGGAGACCUCCUUGACCUUCUGUGCCAAGUGAAGGGGAAACCAGAGCCUGUAGAUGUGACAUGGUUAAGAGUAGAUGACGAGAUGCCGCAACACAUUAUAGUGUCAGGAUCGAACCUCCAUAUCGAGAGCCUGAACAAAAGCGACAACGGCACCUACCGCUGCGAGGCUUCCAACGAAGUGGGGACCUCCUUUUCCGAUUACAUACUUUACGUAUACGAUCCCCCCACAACUCUCCCUCCACCCACAACAACCACCAUCACUACCAUCCCUACCACCACCACCACCAACACUGCCGCAGACACAACGGCGGAGACAGAACCGGCAGUUCACGGCAUUACUCAGUUGCCCAAUUCUGCUGAAGAACUGGACUAUGGAGAUCUCUCAGAUUCCCGGGCGGGUGAGGAAAGCGCCAUCACUGCCGUGGACCACGCCGUGAUCGGUGGCGUUGUCGCUGUCGUAGUCUUUGCGAUGCUCUGCCUCCUUAUCAUUCUGGGUCGAUACUUUGCAAGACACAAAGGUACCUACUUCACCCAUGAAGCCAAAGGAGCUGAUGAUGCGGCCGACGCAGACACAGCGAUCAUCAACGCCGAGGGGGGACAGAACAACUCCGAAGAGAAGAAAGAGUACUUCAUCUAGCUCUCUCUUGGUUUCCAUGAGGCACCCCAUCGUGGACCGUGACAGGCUCCGCAUAGAAGAUUAAAAAAAAGACAGAGAUGUUGGAAGUUGCUACCAGCUUAUGGCUCUUUUAAUUUUGUCUCUUUCUGUCUCUCUUCUUCCCCAGCCUACCCUGCUUUUAUUUCUUUUUAUUUCCUCUUUCCAGUGCGGUUCAUUUUCCUUUCGGAAACAAACGGCUGGCAAAGCGUGUGUGUGUGUGACGGGGGGCAGAAUCGAGGAAAAAGCCCCCCCAUCCCCACCCCGUGUAAAAAAAUGUUCUCUGUAAAGUACACGCGGCUAUUCGACACCUCCCUUUUUCUUGGGGUUUUAGAAAUUCUCUGCCCAAGUCCAACUUGGAUUUAGUUUAGUUCCCCAUCAUUUGCAGAAAAUUCCGUGCCUUCUUUUAUUUCUUCUUUCAUUGGAGGGGAGGGAAGGGGAAGACGUGGCAAGCAAACGGUUUUAAUCCCCCCCCCCAUCCCAAACCUUCUUCGCCUCUUUUGGAAAUUGUCUGCGUGCUGGGAUUCCUUGGGGAAAAAAUAAGGUUUCUUUUUCUUCUCCCCUUCCCCCUCUGCCCCAACUUUUGGUUUUAUUUUUCUUUUCAAUGUUUUAUCUUCUUCCUUUUUUAAAUAAUAAACCCUCCUGGGUUGUUUUUUUGUUUUGUUUUUGUUUUGUUGUCGUUGUUUGAAAACUGUGUCAUCAGAGGAGAACCAGCACACCUUAGAUUUCAUCGUUGGAAAUUCAGUGUAAUCAUAAAUCCAUUCUACUCCCUUGUCACAAAAGCUUGGAAGAAGGAACUUUUUGCAGGAGAAAUUGGUUGCGGCUGUCUGGGUUUUUCCUAGGGCAGCGAAGAUGAAGAAGUGGGCUGGAUUUGGGGGGGGGGGGGGAGGGGGGGGGACCCACGUAUUGCUUUUCACCGAGAUGCAGAAGCGUGGCAAAAUCACCUGAGAGCAAAGCGCAUCCCCCUUCCAGGCCUGACCCGAAGAGCUGAGUCCAAUUUUAUUUCUUUAUCGGACCAACUCGCCCCUGUCCGGAUGGGAGCCGGGAGAUGGGAGCCACCAUGAACCCGGUUCUUGCCCUUGACUGCCAUGACAGAUCGGGACUGGGUCUUUUUGGGCAGAGGCAUCAAAUUUGAGUUGUCAUAGGAGGGGGGGGGGAAGAGGGAUGGAGCAAAAAUGACGUCCUGCUCUUAAUAAUUUCUGUUCCAAACAAUCCCAUCAAUAGCUCCCGACCAGCCUCACAUUGCUGUAAUUUGCUGGAAAUAAAAACGAAACGAACGAACAAAAA